CCGACUGGCUUUUUUCUCCUCCUCGGUCAGAUACAAUCUGCUUGGAGAACAGAGAGGAACCCAUGCGCACCGACGAGGCGAACCCAUGCUGUUGUAACGCAGCCGGCUCUAACAGAUGACCAAGGCUUUUUCCUAGCACGACACACUUAAGAGAGGAAUAGUGAUUUUUAUUUUUUGAUUUUCAGUUAACUGGAUCACUGCUUUGCGGCUCUGACAAAUGAUACGACUUUAAUGGGACCCGAGUGCCAGCUAUUUCUAUUCCAGCGAGAUUUUGCCGACAUCCCGCCAUGCCACAAUGGUUAUAAUUCUGCUCUUGUUGUUACUGAGCUUCUUGGAUUCCAGUUUGCAGGACUCUCCGAGGCAAUCCAGGACCCCAAAGGCGCCUUGUGCCAGGGGCCAGGCGUGUGACCCAAGGCAGCGGCGAGAUGCUGGUGGACGCGGCGGGGUUUACGAGCACCUCGGGGGAGCUCCGAGACGCAGAAAACUUUACUGCGCCACAAAAUAUCAUUUGCAAAUUCACCCAAGCGGAAAAAUAGACGGAUCUCUUGAAGAAAACAAUCCUUUCAGUAUACUCGAGAUCACAGCUGUUGAUGUUGGCGUGGUAGCGAUCAAGGGUCUGUUUUCAGGAAGAUACCUUGCUAUGAAUGAAAAAGGACGUCUGUAUGCCUCGGAAGUCUUCAACCAUGAGUGUGAGUUUGUCGAGCGUAUUCAUGAACUAGGCUACAACACCUAUGCAUCACGGCACCAUGCUACCACCCAGGCAUCACCUGCAGGGUCCAGCGCCGGGGCGGGCAAGCGCCGUGCCAGUUCUAAGAGGCAGUGGUACGUGUCCAUUAAUGGAAAGGGCCGGCCUAGGAGGGGCUUUAAAACACGGAGCACAGACAAAGCUUCCCUCUUCCUGCCCCGUGUUUUGGGCAACAAGGACCAUGAGUUAGUGCGCAAGCUCAGAGAGAGUCAGCGGCAUCAGACAGGUGCCCAUAAAGUCCCUGUGGGUCGGGCAGAGCGCAGGAGACGACGACACAGGGGCUCCAAGAGCCACAGCAGAAGGGCUGAUAUUUAACACUUACAUCUUAAACAGAUGGAGAGAGCCAAAGCCACUGCCACUGCAAGAACUCAAACUGAGAGUUAGAAAGAGAAAAAAGGUCAGAUGGAACACAAUUGUCCUGGGAGAGCACGACUUACAAGAAAACCUGGAGAGAUAUGCUACCAUUUCUGGCAAGGAGGACUGAAUAGCAUCAAGAGAAAUAUCAUGUUCUCUCACUUAUAAAGCCCAGCCUCUGAGAUACAAAAAAGACACUCCGAAUAUGUUUUUGUGACCAAAUUAACACUACUGAAAGUUUAGUUCACUUAGUUUGUUUUCAAAUCCUUUUUGUGUAAAGGACGUGUAAUUAUUGUAUAUAGUUGUAUAUUUCUUUUAUACGAGCAAAAUAACAAAGUAAAUGUUUGUAAUCAUAAAUUAGGAUGUUGGACAAGUGCUUGACAAUGCCAAUGAUGUGUUAUGUUAUUUGACUCUGGCCAGGUGGUAUACAAACAAGCACUUUUUCCUUAUUGAAGUAUAAAGUAGAAAACACAUAAAACACAUUUAACUUACAUGUGAUAGGCUACUGUUCUUAAACUGCAAUCAGGAGUACUUUGUAUAUUACUAAUGUAAUACAUAUUUAUUUUGUUUAUUUUUUUAAAUUAUUGAUGGCAUAGUUUCUACACUUCCAAGUAUCAAGGAUUUUUCUCCAAAAAGAAAAAAGUCACCAUUGAUAGAGUAACACUGUAAUCUAUAAUAUUCCAAGUGGACAACUGGUCCAGCAAAAGUAGACUCUAAAAUAAUGUUUCAGUUUUGUCUUUUUAAAUACUCAUGUGGGAAAUUAUGACAUCAUGUAUGAAACAGUUCUGAUAAAUGUAAGCAACACUGUAAGCAAAGUAAUGCAUAUAAACUGCAUUUUUCAACACUGAAAGCUGAAAAUCUGGAGGAA